AUGUCUUCUCAUCACCAUCCAGCAGAACCUGAAACAGGUAUGUGUUCUAUGGAUAUGACCUUCAAUUGGAACACUGAAAACGUUUGCGUUGUAUUCAAAUCAUGGUCAAUCAAUUCCCAUUCUCAAUUGUUGUUCUCAUGCCUUGCCAUCUUCCUGCUCUCAUAUGGGUACGAAUACCUAAAACACCACAUCCGUCUCGUCAACCAAAACCUUUCAGGUACUUUAUCUAGACGUAACAGAGUGCAAUCGUCGUUAUGGUACGGUCUUCAAUAUUCCAUCUCGAUUUUAUUAAUGCUUAUCUAUAUGACUUACAACGGAUAUUUGAUCGCUGCUGUACUCUUAGGAGCAAUGUUUGGUAAUUUCCACUGGGCACAGUCUCCAGCGGUGCAACUCUUACCUUGCCAUUGA